AUGUUCAUCAAGUAUGGUACCUUUGAACGUUAUUGUCGCGGUCGCUACCCUCAAGAGGUAUCUAUUAAAUAUCGUGAUAAAUUAAUAAAUAUCGGUGAACCUUUCGCCAUCUAUAAAGAAGUCAAUACGUCCUCCGAAUAUAUUAUAUCAAUGAAAUUAUCGGAAUUACAUUCGUGUCCUGUUAUACAUAGCAGUGGUCCACAAAGUUAUACCUGUGUCACAUCAUCCACUGAAAUAACAUUUUUACGUGCCAUGGGUUUGUGUCAUGAAUACAAUUUGCAAAUAGCCGAUGAAUUGAUACGGCAUUGUUUGAAGCAAAACGGUAGAAGGCAUGAAGCGUUCGUUAAGCCGGAACGACAACUUUUGCAUUAUACAUUGGCAACGAAUUUAAAAUCCUCUGGUACUGCCGUUGCUGCUGUUGAUAAUUCUCAAUUAAGUCAAAUGCUCGCUAUUUGGUUGCUGUUGCGGUUGUGUGUUGCUGCUGCUGUUGCUGUUGCUUGGUGCUAG